ACAACCGUCACAAAUUUAUCAAAACUCACUCACAGGAGAGAGUGAGAGAGAGCUGGAGAUCGAUCCUUGGAGCAGUGAUCGAAGGAGAUCAAAGCGAGGAAUCCAUCGACAAAGCUCUGAUCAAACUGGGAUUUGAGCUGCUGGAGUCGGUGGUUUGAGGGUAUCUCGGGGUUUUUUUUGUAGGUUUCUGUUUUACAGAUCGGGUCUGACAAAGUGGUUGUGAAAAGACCAUAUUAGAUGGGGGCCAAAGAUAUAACUGAAGACAAAGAUGACCGUUCAAGUGACACUGAAAAGGAAGUCAAGCAUAGUAAAGAAGGUGAGUCUGAUCUUGAGUCCGCGAGGGAUUCUGUAUCAUCUCAAGGAGAGGCACAGAGUGUUGAUGAUGGCAAAGUGAAAAGAGCUUCUAGGGUUCCCAAAAAACUUACUCAGAAGCAAUCAGUGGAAAGCAGCCCUCGUGCGUCAAGGAAUAAUAGCAAUCAUAAAGAGUCUGCUAAACUACAGUAUAAGACAUCCCCAAUGGGUCAGAAUAAAUCACAGAAACCGAAGAAAGCUGUGUCAACACCUAAAAGCCUUAAUGGUAAAAAAUUAGAAAGUAUGAUUGUUCCUGCCAAGCCUCCUUCUGAAGUAUCUGAAGGAUCUGAUGAUAAAACCAUUGAAGAGGUUAAGGAGAUUGAUGUCUUAGAUGAGACACCUAGCUAUGAUCAGUGUAUUGGUACAGAUGAUGAAACAGGUGAUACAGUAGAGAACACUUUAGAAGAUGACCGGGUUAGUGCAUAUAAAAAAAUCGAAGACAUGGAGCUGCGAAUUGACAAGCUUGAGGAGGAACUUAGAGAAGUUGCUGCUCUUGAGAUCUCUCUCUAUUCUGUGGUACCUGAGCAUGGGAGCUCUUCACAUAAAGUUCACACUCCUGCACGGCGUCUUUCUAGGCUCUAUAUUCAUGCAUGCAAGCAUUGGUCUCAGGAAAAGAGAGCUACUGUUGCUAGAAAUACAAUCUCAGGUCUUGUACUGAUUGCAAAGUCAUGCGGCAGUGACAUAUCAAGGUUGACCUUCUGGCUAUCAAACACAGUGGUCCUUAGGGAGAUCAUUGCUCACACUUUUGGCCACUUGUCCAAUUCACACUCAAUUUCAAGGGCUGUUGAAUCAAAUGACGGAGCUAAGAAAGUUGAGGGAAUUCCCUCUCCAGUAAGCUGGAAAAACAGCAAUGGUAGCAAGCAAACAAGAAAACCUAGCUUUAUGCAACCAGUAGAUGACUGGCAAGAAACAAGUACAUUCUUGCUUGCAUUAGAAAAAAUUGAAUCCUGGAUUUUCUCCCGAACAGUUGAAUCAGUAUGGUGGCAGUCCUUCACUCCGCAUAUGCACUCACCCUCAGAGGAUUUCUAUGCGACAGAAAGUUUUGGGAAAUUGUUAGGACCAGCACUUGGUGAUCAGCAGCAGGGAAGCUUUUCAAUAAACAUAUGGAAAAACGCAUUUCGUGAUGCCUUUACCAGAAUCUGUCCAGUUCGAGCAGGGGGCCAUGACUGUGGCUGCUUGCCUGUGCUAGCAAAAAAGGUGAUGGAGCAGUGUGUGUCAAGGUUAGAUGUUGCAAUGUUUAAUGCUAUUCUACGUGAGUCGGCCAAUGAAAUUCCUACUGAUCCUGUAUCAGAUCCAAUUGUUGAUUCAAAAGUCAUACCUAUCCCUGCUGGGAAUUUGAGCUUUGGAUCGGGUGCUCAACUCAAAAAUUCUAUAGGAAAUUGGUCAAGAUUGCUUACGGAUCUCUUUGACAUGGAUACGGGAGAUGGUUUAAGUGAUGAUCAGCAUGAAGGCAAUGAAGAGGAAAGUAGGGGAAGAGGCUAUGUGGAGCCUAAAUCUUUUCGUCUUCUUAAUGAGCUGAGUGACCUCCUUAUGCUCCCUAAAGACUUACUUCUUGAUAUUGCCAUCAGAAAUGAAGUCUGCCCAUCAAUUGGUCUGUCCAUAGUGACACGAGUGCUUUGCAAUUUCACACCUGAUGAAUUCUGCACAGACCCAGUUGCAGGCUAUGUCCUGGAAGACCUGAAUGAUGAGAGCUUGAUAGAGCACGGUUCAGCUGACAAGGACCUGAUGAACACCUUCCCCCGGUCAGCAGCUGGAGUAGUGUACACGCCACCAUCGCCGGCAGAGGUUGCAGAGAAGGUGGCAGAGAUUGGUGGCCGAGCAGAGCUGGAGAGAAAAGCUUCCAUAGUACAGAAGAAGGGUUAUACCAGUGACGAUGAUUUGGAUGAUCUUGAUUCACCUCUAAGAUCAAUUGUAGACAAGAGGCAAGCUGGAGUUGAAAUUCAGAGAGAAAACACUGGACUCAACGCCAGGUACAAACUUCUCCGUGAUGUGUGGUCUGGCUGAGUCUGUUGCUCGUACGCAUACAUAGGAAGUAAAGCACGCAGAAAACAAACCUACCUACAUUGUAACACAUGCUUCUUAUUGCCCGCGAGGGUUGUCGAAAAGAAUGAGCCCAUUGAUGUUGUCAUGCUGCAGGCGUGUAAUUGGGUUCUUUUUUUUUUUGCUUGGCAAGAAAAACUUAGGCUAUUUGUUUUAUUUGUUCACUGUAGAUAAUAUGUUAGAUGAUAUGUUACCACGUUAUAAGCCUCAGUGCUGUUUGGCGGUGAUGUAUACACGCACAUAAUCACGACAAGGGAAUGAAUGGCAGAUUCUUGA